AUGAAUAACACGAAUAGAAAAAAUUGCAUAACUUAAAUAAACUGGAGGAUGAUAUAGGGAUGAGUAUAAAAGAAAUUUAGCACAUUCCUUAUUUAUAAGUGCGAUAUUACUAGUCUUAUAUCGUUAUAGCAUAUCAAGAAUAUUUUUUUCUAAUUGAUUAACUAACGGAGCUAAACGAAAAUGGACCAAUAUUUGGGAAAGAAAUACAAGCUGAAAUCAUCUGACAAGUUUGAUGAUUUUUUGAAGUUUUUGGGUAUCGGUUUACUUCAGCGGAAGACUGCGACAUCUCUGUCGCCCGUCUGUGAGUUAACUCGUGCCGAUGACGGUACAUAUACUUACAGUUUCACCAGCCCGGUGAAGUCUUUGAAGUAUGUGUUCAAAGAAGGAGAGGAAACUGUUACAGAAAGAGCGGACGGUGCCAAGAUGAUGUCUACAUUUACAUUUGAAGGCGAUGACUUUAUCCAAAUAGAGGUGCAUGACAAUGGAAAAAGAAGCAGGCACGUGCGCACAUUUACUGAAGAUAAAAUUGUGGUGAUUUCAACUAUUGAAGGAUGGGACGACAAAGCCGUCAGAGUUUACGAACGCGUCAAUUAACGUGUGAAUUUAUUUACGAAAAUAUAAAAUAUUUUAUAUUUUCAAUAAUAAAAGGAUAUGGAUUUUACUAAUAUACGGUCUAUGGUGUAACUCUUCAGUAUCUAUUAUGUUUGUUCAUGAUUUUUUAUCAGCUUUUAAAAAUUUGCAAUUGUUCGUCUCCGAUUUAGAAACAAUUUUAUUAUCUAAUUAUGUAUUUUAAAACAAUAAAUUAUUAACCUAAAUUGGC